AUCGGCUCCUGAUUGCACUGCUAGCCCCUUGCCAAUAUGCAGACUGCAUAAAGAGCUUCUGCCACCCUGGCAAAAGUGACAGCUCAAAGAUUUGGAAGCACUACAAUGAAGAUGGUAGCAGGCAGUUCAGUCAUCUCGGCCCUGUUUUUGCUCUGCAGUGGCCAUGCGCUUGGAACCAAGGGGAAUGAGACCGAGGACAAUCAUGUGGUCAGUCGCAGCCUUGAUGCGUCUCAAACGGAGUCUUUCUUCGAUAAACUUCACACACUCUUCAUUUUUGGCGACUCGAUCUCCGAUACUGGGUUUAAUCCGUCUGGUGACGUUCCCUCACCUGUGAAUCCUCUUGGGAACCCAGAUUUCCCUGGCAAAACGACUGCAUGGGGCCCAAACUGGGUUGGAGUGUUGACGGGUUACAGCAAAACGUUGGUCGCCUGGAACUUUGCCAAGUACGGCUCCGUGAUCGACAAGGCUCUCUUGCCUUCUGAACGGGCCGACUUUACCGGUCAGCUGUCGCAGUUCAAGACCUACUGCACCGGGGAAAAACGCAAAGUCAAGUGGACGAGUGAGGAUGCCCUAUUCCUGACAAUGUUUGGACAAAACGACCUGACUGAGCUGAUUGAUCAGCUCUCCACGAACCUGAAGACUGUCGAGGACAUUCAACGUUUUGAAAAGGCUGCUAAGGAUAUGACACUCCACAUCAUGGACCACUACAUGGAAAACUGGGCUACUCUCUAUAAAAACGGUGCGCGCAAGUUUGUCGCCAUCACGCCCACAACGCCCACAAAGUACAUGGCUGUGCCAGAUACACUACAACGUGUCGCUAAAUUCAACGCAGCGAUUAAGAAGGAGCACGGCAUGAAGCAGGGCAAACUCAUUGCAGACACAUUUCUUGCGGCCUUGACAGGUAUCGCUGCAGAUUUCAACAGCAAGCUGGAAUAUUUCAGCCAUCUCUUCCCGCGCUCGUAUUCAGGGUCGACCGUUUUCUACUAUGACGCCACUUUGCUGAUGGACAGGGUCAUCACCCGUACAAGAAAGUCCAGGUACGAGAUGUUUGCACAUUUCUGUCCUGACUUUGCAGCACUGCCUAUCGACUCAGAGCAUCCAGCGUAUCCAGACCCUCCUUCUCAAGCAGCGCUUAAGGCAUGCAAGAAGUUGAGGGUCGACCAAUAUUUGUGGUUUGAUGCUUGGCAUCCAACGUCGGGUUUUCAUGGCAUGUUGGCUGCAGAGUUCUACAAAUUGCUAUCGACGUUUGGGAGUCUCGUCUGAGCAUCUCAUAGUCGCUG